AUGGCAGUCGAAAAAGGUACGAUGAUACGAGUGGAUGAAGCACGUCAGAUACAGUUGUUCGACCAUCUUGCUGAUCAUCUGGUGUGUUCGAAGCGGACUAGCGGUGGGUCCAUAGCCAACGCUAUUACCGCUAUUGCACAAUUCGGUGGCAAAAUAUUUUAUGCCUGUAAAGUUGGAGAUGACGACAACGGUCGAUUUUAUUUACACGAUCUAUGCGCAGCAGGUGUCGAUUGUCAAAUUGAACAGCGCCGCAAUGAAGGUAUGACUGAUACUUGCUUGGUGAUGAUUACUUCUGAUGCUGAGCGCACAUUGAAUACAUUUUCUGGUGUCAAUACAACACUAUCGGAACAUGAUAUUGUACCGGAAGCUAUUAUCGUUUCAGAUUACGUUUACUUCGCAGCCUAUAUGGUAAUAUCACCAAGCAUUCGCAUAGCAGCAAUUCGCGUACGUGAAAUCGCUGAACAGAACGGUGUGAGAAUUGCGGCGAGCCUUUCAGAUUCAGACGUCGUGUUGAAUUUUCGCGAUGAUUUACAUGAAAUGUUCGAAACAGCCAUUAGUAGUUUGAAAACGUUUGCUCGAACAUUUGCUAUAACACUGGGUGCCGAAGGCGCACUAGUCUACGAUGGUACACAAUUGCACAUUAUUGCGCCCUACAAAGUUGAAGCGGUGGAUACAAAUGGUGCAGGUGAUAUGUUCGCCGGAGCAUUUUUAUUCGCUAUUACUCAAGGAAAAGACUUUUUAACAGCAGGAAAAUUAGCAAAUUUCGCUGCAGCAGCUGUUGUCUCGAAUUAUGGAUCUCGUUUGACCGCAACCAAACAGCAACAGAUUUUAGCACUAUGGAAAAACAUCGAGCAGAAUUUUUCAUGUUAA